AGACAGUAUCAAUUCCAUCACUCUGUCGUGUGCCACCCGUUAUCGAUAAGCUUAAACCGUAAUCCAAGAAUAUGAGACACAUAACUAAGUUAACGUUCAAAUAUUUAGUUCUUAUACUGGCCUUCAAUGCAGCUCGCGGUAUUACAAAUGAACCGAGAAAAUUGAAGACUGAAGCAUUGACUAAACGUGGGAGCGAAAUUGAAUCCACAAAUAAUGAAGGAAAGAAGCAAAAUUUUAAGCGGCAUCUUUCAUUGGGGCUUGGUUUCGGUGAAGACAACAUAGGAUAUGGGAGCAGUAUAUCGGGUGGACAUUCGUUUGGAUUAGUAGGAAAAAGUGCCGAAUUCGGUUACGGCAGCGGAGGCUAUGGCUUCGAUAGUGGUUACCACGGUUUAAAUUACGGAGGAGGAUUUGGUUACGGGGGUGGGUAUGGCUAUGGCGGUGGAUUUUCUUCCCACGGGGCUUUCCACGGUGGAUAUAGAUUGGCCAAACCAAUUGUGACAGCCACUAUCAAAGAACAUAUUCCGAUUCCGUAUCCUAAGCCCUAUCCAGUUUUUAUACGAAAACCCAUACCAUUUCCUGUUAGCGUUCCAAAACCAGUCCCAUACCCAAUAUUUGUGAAAAAGCAUGUUCCAGUUCCUAUCGAUCGGCCAGUGCCAUAUCCUGUCCCAGUACAUAUCACGAAGCAUGUACGAGUCCCAGUGCCGCACCCUUAUCCGGUUCCUGUGAAGGUACCCACGCCAGUGAUAGUUCCCAAACCAGUAGUCGUAACUAAGCCAGUAGUGAUAACUAAACCAGUCGUCCACUACGCUCCACUUGUACCAACACCCAUCGUGGCUGCACAUGCACCGAUCCUAGCGACGGCCGCUCAUGUUGAUGUGUCCGAUCAUGGUAUACACCAAACCCACGGACACCUACAAUCGCACGGAUUUUCGGCAGGGGCACACUUUGGCGCUACCUCAAACUAUGGCGCAGAAGCUCAUUACUCCAGUGGGGCUGUGGAUGGUGUUCUAUGCGAUCAGGGUUUAAUACAUUAGUUUCGUUCGGUGUUCAACGUCAAAAAUAAAAAUAAGUAAUCUUUCUUGUAGCAAAUUUAAACUAAUGCCAAUUAACCAGCCAACCUAAGAAAAUUGUUGUGAUUUAUGGAAGUUGAAUUGAGUAAACCUUCACACAAAAAACCAAAGUAGAAUUGAAAUCGAUUAGUUUCGAGAAUCUAAACUAAAAUUUUAACUGCCAUGGUAGGAAAUAAAUUUAUUGCUUUACAAUUAUGGUAUAUUGGUUCUCUUUCACUAUUGGUUUUAAAAACGGCUUUACUAACUAAACGGCACCACCAAAAUGUCAAAAAAUGCUUUUACUAAGAAGAAAUAUACUGUAUCUUGAA